AAAAAAAUGACCUCAAUAUAUGCGUUUUUUGUUGCGCAGGACAGUACGCGUUGACGUCACUAAAACGUGACAGGAAGUGUUCUGCUACUAACAGUCAGCUGAUUCAGCAGCAACAACAAACGGCCACAUCUCUAACGGUAAAGAUGGCCUACCCUAAAACCCACAACCCGUUUGCAGAUGAUGACGAUGAGGAAGAUUUUAAGCCUAAAAGUAGGGGGUUCGAUGACGACCCCGAUGAUGGGUUGAGUGAAGCGGAGAGGAGACAGAGGCACCUCCAGCACGAAGUGAUGCGUACAGCUAAGUCUGCCGUGGACAGCACCUACCGUUCCCUCGGCCUCAUCUAUGAAUCAGAGAAGAUGGGUGUGGAAACUGCAGAGGAGCUGAUGCGACAGGGUGAGGUUCUGAAAAGGGCCGACAAGAUGAUGGACAACAUGGAUCAGGACCUGAAGACCAGCCAGAAGCACAUUAACGGUAUCAAGAGUGUGUGGGGCGGCCUUGUCAAUUACUUCAAGGGCAAGCCAGAGACAAAGCCACCACCUGAGGAGCCAAAGGCUUACGAGGCCAGCGACAGAUUACAGAAUGCCAUGUCCAGCAGCAGAGAACACGAAGAUAAGUACCAAGCCAGCCACCCCAAUCUAAGAAAGUUGGAGACAGGAGGAUUUGGAGCUUCUGCAUCUACAGACGGCGGUUCAUCCAGACAGAAUGGAUACUCUCAGAACAGACACCUCCAGGAGGCUCACAGCACCCUCGACAAUAAUUUAGAUGAGAUGUGCAGUGGCUUGAGUAGACUGAAGAACCUUGGACUUGGUCUCCAGUCUGAGAUCGAAGACCAGGACGACUCCAUUGAUGCUCUGAUGAAUAAAGUGGACAAGAUGGACGGCAAGAUCCAAAACACAAACCAACAGAUUAAAAACCUCAAAUAAAAAAAAACAUUUACAGACACAAAAGACGACAACAGCUCCUCCUCUCAUUUGGCUCUCCAUCCUGGCCUCUGUUGAAUACACUAUGUGUUCUUUUACUGCUGGUUUAAGACAUUUUUUAUCCGUAUUAUUUUCUUCUGAGUAAUUUCCCAUUCAUUUCCAUGUCAGAUUUGUCCAUAAUUUUCUCCUCCUGUUCAGUUUUAUACUGACAUGUUGAUAUAAUUAAUUCUUCCACCUCAAAAUAACUGUGAUUGUUAACUUGGGUGCUUUGCAGGGAAGAUUCUUUUCCAUUAGAUGUAAGGGGCUGUCUUUGUCCAGGUAGAAUCUGUUGGUUUUCUUUGUCAAGCUCCAGUGGGUGGGUGGUCUCGGGCACUAGAGUUUGAUCAGUUUUUCUCGAUCACCAAAGAUCUGUAUCAGUACAAUUGGCCACUAUUUUUUUCCUCAUUCGGGUAAAACGGACGAGUGGUUUGACAAACGAGGAAGAGCUUUUUAAAUUCAUUAAUUACUUGGUAAAAAAAGACAAGAACCCGGCAUAUAGUAUGUCUAAAACUGGAAUGUUUUGUGUGUAUGGUUCAUAUGUGAGUGCUCACUUCCUGGACCUGCCUCCACAUCUGUACUAAAACACUUUGGAAGUCACUUUUGCCUUACACAUAAUUUGUAUAUACAGUAGACUAGCUUUCUGUGCCAUGAUUCUGUCUCCACUGGUCAGUCCCACCACCAGAUGCUUCACUUUGUUUUAUUUUCUUUGAAGUACCUUUGUGUUCUUCAGUGCUUUUAUAUAAAUUGUUUAUAUUGAUAAAUAUUGUAUUGAAUUCUGCAGAAUGUAAUUGAGUGAAUUAUUGUGCAGCGUAAAUAAUGUGAACAAACUAGCUGUGAAUAUAAAAACUCGAAAUUUCAGGAAUACCCCCCACCCAUUAUUAUCAGAAUAUAUCUUCCCUGGGAAACAUUCAUGACGAGAUGAACCACUUUAAAUUGUUUUUAGAAAUCAAAAUUCAAGCUUAAAUGAUCAAAAAUCACAAUGUUUAUUUUUUUGCCAUGCUUAUCAUGUAUUCUGAUUAAAGUCACAUAAUCAAUAAAAGCAUUUAUAAGGGGA